AUGAUCCGGAUGCGUCCGCCUUUUCUCUCCCCCUUCUCUCCUCUUCCCCUUUCCCCUCCCGUCCCUCAGUCUCCUCCUACCUUCCUCUCUCGGUACCCUGGACGGCUCCAGCCGGCUCCCGCUUCCGGUUGGCGGGAGCUUGCGGAAGGGGGCUCCGCCUCUUCCGCCCAACAGCGGAGGUGGCGACGGCGGCGGCGGCGACGGCGGCGGCGGCGCCUGCGCGUCUCUGGUCCGGGUCAGCAGGCGGGUCUCUUCGGCGAUCCACCUGCGCGUCGCUGAGCCGCACCCUGGGGGCCGAUGGCGAUGAACUAUAACGCGAAGGACGAAGUGGACGGGGGGCCCCCGGGUGCCCCCGGGGGCGCCGCCAAGAGCCGGAGGCCGGAUAACACGGCCUUCAAACAACAACGGCUGCCCGCCUGGCAACCCAUCCUCACGGCGGGCACGGUGCUACCUACCUUCUUUAUCAUCGGCCUCAUCUUCAUCCCAAUUGGCAUCGGCAUCUUCGUCACUUCCAACAACAUCCGCGAGAUAGAGAUUGAUUAUACCGGAACCGAGCCUUCUAGUCCAUGUAACAAAUGUUUGUCUCCAGAGAUGGAACCUUGUAUUUGUACCAUUAACUUCACUCUGGAGCAGUCAUUCGAGGGCAAUGUGUUUAUGUACUAUGGACUGUCCAAUUUCUAUCAAAACCAUCGUCGUUAUGUGAAAUCUCGAGAUGAUAGUCAACUAAAUGGAGAUCCCAGUGCUUUACUUAAUCCCAGUAAGGAAUGUGAGCCUUAUCGAAAAAAUGAAGAGAAGCCAAUUGCUCCUUGUGGAGCUAUUGCCAACAGCAUGUUCAAUGAUACACUAGAAUUGUUUCUGAUUGGCAAUGAAUCUGAUCCAACACCUAUUCCUUUGAAAAAGAAAGGUAUUGCUUGGUGGACAGAUAAAAAUGUGAAAUUCAGAAAUCCUCCUGGAGGAGAAAGCCUAGAAGAACGGUUUAAAGGUACAACAAAGCCAGUAAACUGGGUUAAACCAGUGUACAUGCUGGAUUCUGACCCAGAUAAUAAUGGGUUUUUAAAUGAGGAUUUUAUUGUUUGGAUGCGUACAGCAGCAUUACCUACGUUUCGUAAGUUAUAUCGUCUUAUUGAGCGGAAAAAUGAUUUCCAUCCAACGUUACCAGCUGGACGAUAUUACUUGAAUAUCACCUACAAUUACCCUGUUCAUUCUUUUGAUGGACGAAAACGGAUGAUCUUGAGCACUAUUUCGUGGAUGGGAGGAAAGAAUCCAUUUUUGGGGAUUGCUUACAUCGCUAUUGGAUCCAUCUCCUUCCUUCUGGGAGUUGUGCUGCUAGUAAUUAAUCAUAAAUAUAGAAACAGUAGUAAUACUGCUGACAUUACCAUUUAAUUUUCUAUUCUGAAAAACAAAUCUACUGCAUGUGCAUCAAGGCCAGUCCUAUUCAACCUAGCUUUCGAAUGCUAAUGUUCGGUUAGUAUGUCAUUUUUGAAGUUGGCACAUAACUUUUUUUUGAAAGUGUUUUCCUGUGCUUCCCCGUGGAUGACUGAUGAAACUCUAUGACGGGUUUAAACACAUUACCUACAUUGACCAUAUCAACACUGUAACUGCUGAAAUGGCAUUCUAAUACUUGCUUUUUAUUGGGACAGGCCAUGUGAUGCAUAGAGCCCCUUUCAUGUGAAAUGUGUCUACUGCUUAAAUGUUUAUGCUAUGUUGAUAAUACUUUAUUGACAUAAGAUGCUGAUAUGCGUGCCUAUUGUGUGAAGAAAGGGAUUGCCGAUGUAUGAGUAUAACGACUUGUUAUCCUUUCAGGACUCAGUUACAGAAAGAUGAAGAAAGACCAAUCUAAUAAAACACUUCAUCAUU